AUGCCGACCCCGAGUGACAACCAGCCAAACUCGAUCGCCGAGGUGAUCUCCACUCGCACCUGUCCCCCGGAACUUGAUCGUCCUGCACAUGUCCUUUCCCCUGAGAGUGCUACUGCUCCAUCCGUGCUGAGUCGUUCCGACGAUGGCACUGGUUUGAUGGCGACCGACCCGGUGGAGAGGAAGAUGGCUGUAGAUGAGGACACGGGCCCUGCGAGGUCGAGCUCUCCAACAGACUCAUGCGCCCGUGGCCGAUACCCUGUGACGCGUCCCAACUCAUCCCUUCGCUACGAAUUUUCCAACGUUCGGCUUCUCCCAAAUCAUUCCUCGUCUUUCCUUCGCUCCGGAAGUAGAUUCGUCGGGACUCAGCAAUCGGACCGCCAAGUCUACAAUGUGGAUGUAGAGAUCAAACACGUGGACAUGGCCGAGUCCUAUCUCUGCGGCUACUUGCGUAUUCAAGGCCUCACCGAAGAUCAUCCAACCCUGACGACAUUUUUCGAAGGUGAAAUAAUUGGCACAAAGCAUACCUUCCAAACUCGGAACGAGGAAUGGGGUGCCAACGAGAAGACGGACAUCCAUCACUGGUCUCGGUUUCCAGCCUGGAAACCGCUGGCCAAGCAGGCGAAAAAGACCGAUUUCACAUAUCGUAAUUUUGCCCAGCGUGAGCACGUUUUCAUGCGGUGGAAAGAAUACUUCCUUGUUCCCGACCAUCGGGUGCGAACCAUCUCUGGCGCUAGCUUUGAAGGCUUCUAUUACAUCUGUUUCAAUCAGAUACAAGGUUCUGUUAGCGGCGUUUACUUCCAUGCCAAGAGCGAACGGUACGUGUCCAAUGUUCCAUUUCAACUUGUCCCUAGCAUGCUUGUUGCAUUUCAACAACUCGAGCUCAAGCAUGUCGAGGAUCAUGGAUGUGCGCCAGCAAUUGAAUUCCGCUAA